AUGAAAACAAUACAUACUGAAGAAAACUCCAUAACGAGCAGAAAUCUCUAAUUAUAAUUAAUGUUAUUUAUAUUAAAAAUUCGUUUAAUAUAUAAUAAUAUUUUAAUUGAGAAAAUUUAAUUUAAAUAGUAAAAUAGCAUAUAUAUCUGAUUAGAGAAAUUAGAAAAAUUGAUAUUAGCUUGUAUUAGUUUAAGUCCCGAUAAAGGACAAAGUUAUUAAUAGUUAGUAGAAAUUCCCUCCAUAUUUGAAUAGUAAGUUGAAGAUCUCCCUCAUCUCCAAAGAAACCAAACUUAAAUUAUUCAGUUCCUGCAAAUCAAUUAAUAUCUUUUAAUACAAAAAUCAUGGAUGAAAGAGUGUUAUCCAAUAAACCAACACAGAUUUAAUUAAAAUCAUAAUAAAAUAAGUAUGAAUGAAAAAGAUUGAUCUAGAAAAAGACCAAAAUACGCUUGGAUGUAACAAUCCUAAAUAAGAGGUAAUGUAGGCUUAAAUAAUAAUUGAAAAUUUAAGGUCAACUGAAUUGUAUGGAUUGGAAGCUUUGAAAAAUAAUAAUGGAAUAAAUAUAAAUUAAAGUAUAUCUUAAUAAAGAAUAAGUUAUUAUAAAAAAUUUGAUUAUAUAAAUAUGAGGUAAUCAUUUACUUAAAAUGAGUAUUUAAUAAUCGUAUUAAUGAAAGGAUUUGUUCUCUCUUAUCUUAUUUCAAUGGUGUAUUGUUGGUGGGAAGUCGGUCACAUGAUGACUGCCCAAAUUGCCAAGAAUUUUUUGAAAGACAAUAGACCAGAUGUAUUAGCUUGGGCAGACUCCUUAGUAUAAGACUUCAAUAGCCUUACAGACGGUAGAUCUAACACCUUUGCUGAAGCAGCUGUCUGGUUAGAUGAUAUAAAAGAAACAGGAACUGGAUUUCUUAAUGAUUGGCACUACACUGACAGACCAAUAAAUCCAGAUGGGUAUUUUUUUUGAUUAUUUCAAAGGUUAUUGAUCAAGAUCGAUGAUUAAGGUAGAAAUAUCAACUCAAUCUAUGCCAUUAAUCAAGCCGUGUCUGUUUUAACUAACACAAAAACUGCUAAAAAUCGACAUACAGUUUUCAAAGCACAGAUGAUGAGAGUUUUAUUACAUGUUAUCGGAGAUAUACAUCAACCUUUACACGACACUACUUUUUGGAAUAGUAGCUAUCCUAAUGGAGAUGCAGGAGGCAACUUUAUGAAGAUUUAAGUAUUUAUAAUAUAUAUAUAUAGUUAUCGAAUGGAACGCUUAUGAACUUCCAUUCCUUUUGGGAUUCUGGUGCAGUUUCCUUUGCUCCCAAUAAUAGUUUUAUGGCUCGACCCCUAAGUUAAUCGGAUAGUUAGUAUCUAGACAAGUGGUCGAAGGAAUUAAUAACUAAAUACCCAAAAUCAAAAUACAGCAACUACGAUAUGACGUACUAAGCAAAAUAUUACAUAGUAAUCCUUCUGUUUGGACUUACCUUGGUUUUAGAUAAGCACAAUAAUUUGUGUAUCCAAUGGUAGCGACAUCCAAUUCUUACAAUAGUGAUUAUGAAAAAUAAGCUAUUGCUUUUUGUGAAGAAAAUUUAUCUAUCGGUGGAUAUCGAUUAGGAGCCAAGUUAAUAGAAAUAUAUGAUCAAAUUAUACAAAACGAGGUUAAACUAUCACUAAAUGAAUGAAUAUAAAUAGCUAUUUAUGAU